AUGGGCUUCUUCAAGAAUUAUCGUGUCUAUAUCUUGACAACGGUGGCCUAUUCGGGGUCUCUGCUUUUCGGAUAUGACACCGGUGUCAUGGGUAGUGUCCUGGCCAUGGACAGUUUCAAACGGGAUUUCGGGUUGCCUCUCGACUCCGACGGGUUCGAGUCGUCGUCCAAUGCUCAGGUCUCCUCCAAUGUCGUGUCGCUGUUGACGGCGGGCUGUUUCUUCGGUGCCAUCGCUGCUGCUUUCCUCAACGACCGUCUGGGACGUCGUUACUCGCUGAUGAUAUUUACCAUGGUUUUCCUGGUCGGAGCUGCGCUGCAAGUCGGUGCGCACCAUGAAAUCGGGCUGAUCUAUGCCGGUCGUGUGGUGGCGGGUCUGGGCAUUGGUGGAAUGUCUAGCAUUACCCCUGUCUACGUGGGCGAGAACGCUCCUCCCGAGACCCGUGGUCGUAUUGCCGGCAUGUUUCAGGAAUUCUUGGUCAUCGGAAGCACCUUCGCCUACUGGCUGGACUACGGCGUUGCCCUGCGGGUGCCCUCCAGUACCAAGCAGUGGCGUAUUCCGGUCUCAAUCCAGCUCAUUCCCGGCGGUCUCAUGCUGAUCGGCCUGUUCUUCCUAAAGGAGUCUCCCCGCUGGCUGACGGGCAAGGGCCGCCACGAGGAGGCCCUGCAGUCGCUCGCGUACAUCCGGAAUGAGUCGCCCAAUGAGGCAGGCGUUCAGAAAGAGAUUGCCGAGAUUCGCGCGUCCAUCGCAGAAGAGAACGCCGCCACGGAGGGUCUUACCUACAAGGAGUUCCUGCAGAAGAGCAACCGGAACCGCUUCCUGUUUGCCUUCGUUCUCAUGCUGUGCCAGCAGUUUUCGGGCACCAACAGUAUCGGAUACUACGCACCCCAGAUCUUCCAGACGAUCGGUCUCAGUGCCACUAACUCCUCUUUGUUUGCUACGGGUGUCUACGGAACGGUGAAGGUCGUCGCCACGGCCAUCUUCCUGUUUAUUGGAAUCGACCGAUGGGGUCGGAAAAAGAGUCUCCUGGGUGGCUCCGCCUGGAUGGCCAGCAUGAUGUUUAUCAUCGGCGCUGUCUUAGCCACAAACCCCCCUGACCCGGACAAGGCUGGCUCGGGUGUCUCAAAGGCCUCCAUUGCCAUGGUCGUGAUGAUCUAUUUUUACGUGAUCGGAUACAGUUUCUCCUGGGGUCCCACUCCAUGGGUGUACAUGAGUGAGAUUUUCCCCACCCGCUUACGAGCGUACGGAGUUGGUCUCGGAGCCACCUCGCAGUGGCUUUUCAACUUCGUCAUUACCGAAGUGACCCCUCAUGCAAUCCACAACACGGGCUGGCGAACCUUCCUCAUGUUCGGUAUUUUCUGCCUGGCCAUGGGUGUCUUUGUGUUCUUCUUUGCCAAGGAAACCAAGGGCCGAACCCUGGAGGAAAUGGAUGUCCUCUUUGGCGUUGUGGACGAGGCUGACCGGCGCGCGGCGGUGGAACAUACUCUGAACAAGGGGGUGACCACUCAUAUUGAGCGUACGGAUGAGGAGAACAGCCCUGUUACUUCCGUGAAUGUUGCUCCUGGCGAGCAGGACAAGCACUAG